UUUUUCAUCGAUUAUUGUUGUUAUUCAUUGAAAACAAGAUUGCAGACUUCUACUUUAGUGGCUUAUGGCCUCAUAAGAAACUUUGCGGCGCACCAUCCGCUUUUGGUUCUCCGGUAUUUAAAAGUUUUAGGAAGUUCUAUUAAAGGACGCUACAGUAUAAUGAGCAAAGACCACCUCAAGGAAGCGCCCAGUCUGAUUGUAUAUCUGCGUAUCAUUAAUGUACUGGAUUUACUUAAGCCUGCUUUGUUCGAAAUGAAAUACAAAAAAAGUUUUUACAUUAUUUUUGAUGAGUUUAUGAGUGUUGUGGCAUCGCAGAAAUCUCCGAAUAAUCACUUCUAUAUAUUUCUAACAAAAUGGAUCGGCUUUCUGCUUCAUUAUACUAAAUACAACCCUGAAAGUGCCUUUCCGUUAUUAUCAAAAUACUUUUUUCUAUUAAGGCAGCAGCUGCAGAGUCAUCCUCAACUCAUCAAUCUAAGGUUAUUGGUCUCUCAGUUGAAGACUCAAUGGAAAAAAAAUAAAAAUAAAACAGAAGAAGACCAACCUUCCUCUACUAAUGAAACUUUUUCCUUUCCCUCUACAGACUUUUUGCUAAACCUUUUGCCUAUUAAACCUACCGAAGCCCUCCCAUUCUCAUUUCCGGACGAUCGACUUUCUUCCUUCCGCUCUGCAUUUACUGAAAAAACAUCUUCUCAUAGAAUUUUAAUGGCUAUCGCUGAUCUUGAUAAAGCCUCACAGAAAGUCCCUCCCCUAUUGAAUGUAUUUAAAGAUAACAUAAUAUCUCUAAUCUCAUUGGAAAAUGAAGAUAUUCGGAAUUAUGCGUACGCUCUGGCGCUUCGCUACGUUAAACACUACCCGAAAGACGCUAACUGUAUAACGGAGGCUUUUGUUAAAAGCUUACCGAAUCUUUCAGUCGCGCACCAAAUAAGAGCACAUCGUUUCGCAGCUGAUCUUCUUGUUUACUCUCCUGAAUAUUCGGAGCAUCUUCUUCAAUAUGUCUUCGCUUUAAGUUUUGAGGAUAAGAAUGCUGGCGCUGAAUUGCUUAAUUUGUUACAAAUUUACAAAAUCCUUUAG